AAAAUGCUGCCUGCUGGUUAAAGUUCGUCCCAGUCAGAGACGACCAGCGCUACAAAAUGAUGACUUGGGCAGCUAAUGACAGUGUCUCGGGAUCCUGCUGACCCCAGCGGGCGGCCGAAAGUGCGCGGCAACUCUCAGGAACUGAAUGUCUCUCACCGCUGAAAGGAGGUGGACCGGGCUCAUGUGACUUUUGCCACCUUGACACUGUAUUUACAGUUAUCCUCUCAAGGUCGUCAUGGAUUCCGGUCAGGAGAUGCACCACCUGAACGACCGGUUAAAAGGCUUCAUGGAGCAGGUGGUCCGGCUGCAGGAGGCCAACAGACGGCUGGAAACACAAAUAACUGACUGGGGGAUCAGGGCCACCUCUCGCUCCCAGGACUGGUCCCAGCAGGAGCAGACCGUCAGUGAGCUCCGUGCCAAGGUGGGGAAACUCCUGGUUGAGAACGCUCAGCUGGCACUGCAGUCCGACAACAUGAAGUCCAGAGCUGCUGCUAUCCAAGCCAGGUGUGAGACAGAGGAGCGAAACACCAUGCGUCUUGAGAAACACGUGGCUUUUCUCCGAGAGUCGAAGAGGAGUGUGGAGCAGAGCAACAUGACACUGCAGGAAGACCUUCAUCACUCCUUAAAUGAGCUGCAGGAUGUUCACCAGGAGUUUGAGACAGCUCGGAGUCUGCAGCUGCAGCGGGCCGCCUCCUGUGAUGCCCUGUUAGCCUCAGCAGCAGCAAGACAGCCAGAGAAGGAUGGCACAGGGAUGGAGCUCAGCCAUCUCCUCGAGCGUAUCCGAGCGCAGUGCGACCUGAGCAGACUCCCCGAGCCAGGCGAUGGACGCCGCACCCCGCUCGCUGACUCACACCCAGUGGCUGGCGCUGCAGGGCCCGGCAGCUUCGAAGCUUCAGCCAGAGCAGCGGGUGGAGCUCUUGCUGAGGAGGAGGCGGCCUGGGCUCAGGUGAGCCUCGGCGGUGCCGCUCUGAGGGAGGCCCGGGCAGAACUAGCUGAGGCCAGGAAACAAUGGCACUCCCUGCAGGUGGAGAUCCAAACACUCCACGCUUUGGAGAAAGGCCUGGAGAAGUCCCUGCAGCAGACCCAGCAGCUCUACUCCAGCCAGCUGCAGGACCUCUCCCAAGUCAUCACAGGGCUGGAGACGGAGCUGGAGCAGGUGCGCAGCGGUCUGUCUACCCAGCGUCAGCGCCACAGCCUUCUGCUCAACACCAAGAUGCGUCUGGAGCGAGAGAUCACCACCUACAGACGUCUGCUGGACCGCGAGGAGGGCAGGUACUUGGACCACAGCGCCCCCGCUUUGUGUUUGCGGCCCCGGAGGUCCCUUGCAGUUGAGUCAAGUGUCCAGGAAAAUGGCUUUAGUGACAUGGCAGUGACUCCAGAUGAACCCAAAUCAGAACCCCUUCCGGAGAUACCUCCCUUGCUGCCUGUUGACCUGGACCUGAAGAGAAAGUCCCUGCACCGGCAGCAGAGUCUUGUGAUACUGACAGAACCAGAGCAAGACCAAGACUUGCCCAUCGCCACAGUGAAGACUCAGGAGAUUCUGCAGGGUAACGUGGUGCGGGAGAGUGCAGAGGGUCACGGAACCAUUGAGACUGAGAAGAUCGACAAGGUGAUCAAGCAGUGGGAGGGUUCCUUCUUCAGAGGGAACCCCAAACUUCGGAAGAAGUCGGUGUCGCUGCGUUUCGACCUGCACAUGGCCACGGCAGACGAGGGUUGCGCGCAGACCAAACAGGACAGUCUUCCUGACGUAGAAGUGCGCCUCAUCAUGAAGAGAUCGCGAAGCAUCUCAGCAAUGACCCCAUGAUAGUUUCAACCACCUCUUCCUUCUGGAGACGAUCGUUGGUGAGGAAAUAGCAUCUGUAUCAUUCUUGGAUUUGUUUGAUGCUUUUAGAAGUAUUGCAGCUUUCAGACUAACCUUUAGAGGGCAGCACCUUGCCACAAAGAUGUCGACUGAUCUUUGUCACAAACAGGAAUUCUGAUGAUGCCACUCGUAGUUGACUGAAAACUUCAUUGAAUUACUUGACGUUUCACUUAAAUACACCUGAAGAAGUUCACCUGAAACAGUGCCAUUUCAAGAUGUUAAGGUAGUUAGACACAUGUACAAUCUCUAUUGUGAUUUUUUUUUUUUUUUUUGCGCGAGCCUUAGUUUGCAUCCUUCGCUCUGCCUUAUUUAAAAUAUUAGCUGAAACACCGCGAGCGCCUUCACCCAAGCUACUGCUGAGGAAUUGUUUCCCGCCUUGCACUCCUACGACACGUUGUUUUGAGAGAAGAUCUGAAGGAAGAAACGUUCAGGUCAAGUCUUGUUCUAUUCACCUCUAUUAGCAACGGUUGAUUCUGUUUGCAUUUAUAAAUGUAUGGUUUAUUAAGUUAUUGAUGUACAUCUGUUACUUGAAAGCAACAUAGUGACAUUGAAGUUAGCCAAUUACCUAAAAUAGUAAAUGUUGAGGAUGAUUAACUGAGAUCCCAGUUUAGCAUUAGCAUUUAGCAUGGGAGGAUGAGCUACAGGUUUUGGUUGACUCGCGAAGAUUAUCCCGGCAAACUGAAACAGCUUGGAGACACACUUGCAUAAAUCUGAGCUCCAGUGGUUUGCAGUGUUGCGAACGUUUCCAGCAUUUAGGACAUCAGACAGCACUUCAGAAAAAAUGGAAGGUUUUGAUUCUAUUGAAUAAACAGAAAUGAACACAAAACACAGUUAUGAAAACAAAGAGACGUGAUCAUGCCAAUGCGUUCUUAUGCUGUUUUCAAAAAUGUGUACCGAAAACUGGUUGCCUGCCACAUGGGAUUAAAAAAUAGAUCAACAGAGUUAGAUUAGAUUAGAUUAGUUUAGAUUCAACGUGUCACAGCAGCGUAUGACGACAGAGACACUGACACAUGCCAAAGACGUUAAAGAUACAUUCACAAAGCAUCAGCAAAAAAAAGUGAAGUCACAAUCUGUCAAACAACACAAGACAAAUAAAUUCCCAUAACACAUACAUAAGUAUCAUGACAGAGUAAAUAAAUAAAACCUAACUAGUUAUGAGUAAAUAAUACAUAGAUAAUAAUAAAUGACGUGGUACGUUGCACUGCUGCCGUCAACUAUCAAUGACGGGAUGAAGUGCGGAGAGCGAAACUGUUUUUAAACUAGGGGGCGCUAUUACUGGGUCUUUUUCAUUGUUUUGAUAUCACUACCAUCUCUGAGGCCAUGUGUGCACAGUGAGCCUUUAACAGUUGCCAAAAUGUCAUAUUCACUGAAGCAAAUAAACCUUCAUGUGCAACGCUUUAGAUGCACAUUUUUAUUUAUUUAUUUCACAUUUUAGUACACACAAAUCCUCCAGUAAAUCAGCCCCAUAGGGUGAUUUUCCUUUACUUUGAAGGUGACACUCAGUUGAAGCAAGUGCCAAAUCUUCCCUCUCAUAUUAUGCGUUCACUUGUUGCUUAUUGUGGGUCUGUGGUGAAUCAGCAUGCACACAAUGAGAGAAUACAUACAGGGUUUUUUGUUUGUUUGUUUUUGUUGUUUGUAUAACCAUUCCCUCAAGUGCAUUUAUGGCUCCAAAUGACUCAUGAUUGUUUAGGCAUUUGUUCUCACUCACUGUUGUUCAACUGACAGAUCAGAUGGACGUGAAAACAUUGCAUAGGGAGAAUUGCUGUUAGCAGCCAUCAUGUUCAUUGGUGGCUAAAUGUGAUUGUUGUGUGAAGCUCCAUUUUUCACUUCCCUACUGGUCUCGAGCAGGACUUCAACCUGUCACAACAAAGCGGCGCAAAAUAUUUCUCUAAGAAAUUCUGUGGGAUACGUUUACUACUGCCCAUGGCUCACUACACCGCUGUCCUUGGGUCCUAAACACAGCAGACUCUUACUGCACUUUUGGUCAUUGGGCAGGUGGUCGUAAUGGAACGGAUAUGUGGAACGGGAAUAGAUGGAAACCUGCCGCGCCUCAAGCUGUAGUUGCAUGUUCUGUGGUCGGAUGAUUGACAGCAGGGACUUGCCUCUCGCCAGCAGCAAAUAUCUGGAAGCCUUACACGAUAAGACUUUGAUCUGCUGGUGACAAGCAUAGUAUUUUAUUUUUUUAAAAUCUGAAACAAAAAGCCCCCGAACCAGUCCUGCAGUUCCAGAGAGCAUUCAUCAAUCAUGUCAGGCCAUUACAGCUAGAAUGACUUUUUGUUGAUUGAUCCUGAGUAAACUCAUCUUUCUGUCGUCACGGUUCCAUGCAGGAUCCGUUUCGCUCCGCGCUGGUUCCACCUCUGCAUGUCGUUUCGUCACCUAUUGCACUGACAAGAGCAACAACAGCUUGGUUCAGAUCAAAGGUCUGAAUCGACGUUUGGUUCGAUGAGCAAGUUUGAAACAUUAUUUUGGAGCCUCCUCCAGCCGGCACUCAGAUCAGGAUGCACUUUCUCUUGCUUAUUUUAGAAAUUGUUUUUGAAAAUGAUUCUUGAACACUGUUACACGAAUCACUGCGUCACUCCUAUUAUUUAUUCAGGAGAUAGGAAGAGCUUUUCCUGCCCUAUUCUCAAGGUCAUUGUGUCGCCACAUCAGCACUGAGAGUUGCGUCCAAGGUUUUGUCGCAGCCAUGUGUCGUCAUCUCGGCGACUUUACUGACAAUUUCGUGAUCACUGUGAUUUUUAUGGGCGAGCACAGACCGUCUUUCCUCUUUAUGACCAGAAGAGGGAAGCACCUGAAAGUGUUCCGGCUCACCUGGAUGGUCAAUGUUUGUGAGAGUGCUCAGUUAUCCGGGUCAUCACGCAGCAAAGGUUUGAAUCAGGUCAACUGGAACCUUUAGAUGUGACUUCUGGAUAUUAUUCGACUAUUAUUAGGCCGGUUGACCUGAUUCAAACCUUGGCUGUGUGCUGUGGAACAGUAUCUAUGCAGUUCUGGGCUUGGUUUCGCUUUGGAGAAUGAGGUUAAUGUGCGCAGACUUCACACUAAAGGAUGUGCUUUUACCUAACAAUUGUUCAUUUAAAUAAAAAAGGAAUAUUAAAAUGAAGCCACUUUUGU